CCCCGGCUGGCGAGGCCGCGUCACCCGGCGGCCAGCCGUGAGGGAAGCAGGGGCGGAGCUCCGAGGCUCGCCGGAGGAGACCUGGCGGCCGGGGCUCCGGGGCCCGGGAACCGGGAUAAAGCAGGCCGGCCGCCGCGGCGGAGGGGGGCGGGCUGGAGCGUGGCCCCGCGCUGGUCAUCCGGGUUCCGGGGCCCGGCGGAGGCCGCGCCGGGAGCCAGAGGGAAGUGCGGCCGCCCUGGAACCUGGAUAUCGCGCGAGAUUGGUGACCCAGAAGGAAAUCUCUGACCUCAGUGGUGGCCAGAAGCCAACUUCAUGUCUGAAGACACAAGUGGCAGCUUGUCAUGGAAAGCUUGGGGCUGCAGACGGUGACCCUUAGUGACGGGACGACAGCCUACGUCCAGCAAGCUGUCAAAGGGGAAAAGCUGCUUGAAGGGCAAGUGUUCCAACUGGAAGACGGGACCACUGCGUACAUUCACCAGGUGACGAUACAGAAAGAGUCUUUCUCCUUUGAGGAUGGUCAGCCUGUGCAGCUGGAGGAUGGCAGCAUGGCCUACAUACACCACACACCCAAAGAGGGCUAUGACCCCAGCGCCCUGGAAGCUGUCCAGUUGGAGGACGGCUCCACCGCCUACAUUCAUCACCCUGUGUCUGAGCCAUCGGACAGCACCGUCCUGGCUGUGCAAACAGAGGUGGGCUUGGAGGACCUGGCCGCAGAGGAUGAAGAGGGCUUCAGUGCAGACACAGUGGUGGCCCUGGAGCAAUAUGCCAGCAAGGUUCUGCAUGAUAGCUCGGCUCCCCAUAAUGGCAAAGGGCAGCAGGUCGGAGACAGAGCUUUCCGAUGUGGCUACAAGGGUUGUGGACGUCUCUACACCACCGCCCAUCACUUAAAGGUACAUGAGCGGGCUCACACGGGUGACCGUCCAUACAGGUGUGACUUCCCUGGCUGUGGAAAGGCCUUUGCCACAGGCUAUGGGCUAAAAAGUCACGUCCGUACUCAUACGGGUGAGAAACCAUACAAGUGCCCAGAAGAGCUGUGCAGCAAAGCCUUCAAGACCUCAGGAGACCUGCAGAAGCAUGUCCGGACACACACAGGUGAACGCCCGUUCCGGUGUCCUUUUGAGGGCUGCGGCCGCUCCUUCACCACCUCCAAUAUCCGCAAGGUACAUGUGCGCACCCACACAGGCGAGCGACCCUACACCUGCCCCGAGCCCCACUGUGGCCGGGGCUUCACCAGCGCCACCAACUACAAGAAUCACGUGCGCAUCCAUACAGGGGAGAAGCCAUACGUUUGCACGGUGCCAGGCUGUGGAAAGCGCUUCACUGAGUAUUCGAGCCUGUACAAGCACCACGUGGUGCACACACACUGCAAGCCCUAUACGUGCAGCAGCUGCGGCAAGACCUACCGGCAGACCUCUACCCUGGCCAUGCAUAAGCGCAGCGCGCACGGGGAGCUGGAGGCCACCGAGGAGAGCGAGCAGGCCCUGUAUGAGCAGCAGCUGGAGGCUGCCUCUGCUGCUGAGGAAAGCCCACCGACCAAACGAGCCCACAUUACUUACCUUUCGGAGGUGAAGGAAGAGAGCAGUGACAUCCCAACCCAAGUAGCCAUGGUGACCGAGGAAGAUGGGGCCCCCCAGGUGGCUCUGAUCACUCAGGAUGGUGCCCAGCAGGUCAGCCUGUCCCCGGAAGACCUGCAGGCCCUGGGCAGUGCCAUCAGCGUGGUGACCCAGCACGGCAGCACCACCCUCACCAUCCCCAGUCAUCCUGACGAACUGGCCACAGCUGGCGCACAUACGGUCACCAUGGUCAGCGCCGAUGGCACCCAGACGCAGCCCGUCACAAUCAUUACCUCCGGGGCCUUGGUAACUGAGGACUCAAGUGUGGCAUCUCUUCAUCAUCAACAGGUGGCGCUGUUGGCCACAGCCAACGGAACACACAUCGCAGUGCAGCUGGAGGAGCAGCAGACCCUGGAGGAGGCCAUCAGUGUGGCCACUGCUGCCAUGCAGCAAGGGGCUGUGACCCUGGAGACCACAGUGGCGGAGAGUGGCCGCUAAGCCCGAGACGACUGUGCCCCCACACAGUGCCGGAGAAGGUGCCAUGCUCACAGGCGGCCCGCCUCGGGGCCCUGGCGGUGGCUGACCCCAAGAAGAUGGCCACAGAGGCCUCUGGGGUGAGAAGGCGGCAGGAAAAUGACCUCUGGUGGACAGGGCUGUGGGCCACACCCAGGAUGGGUGUCAGGCAGUGGGCAGUGGGGGCCGAGGACAACCAGCGUGGUCACCAGGCUGCCCUGGACACCUGCAUUCCUCCAUUGGGGGAAUACUCGCUUCUGUCCACUCCUUUCUCAGAGAGAUGGGGACUAGGUGGAUGAGGACUGGUCUACCACCAGGGGAAAGGUAUACAGUUCUUCAGCCCAGCGCCUCCCAGCAAUAACCACCUCCUGGGGGUAGGGUGGACAAGAUGCCUAGCCACUUGGCACCAGGAACUUCCUGCCACCACAGUCAGAAUUAAUUCCUCAGGGGCCUGUGGCUGGAGUGGGUUCCCAGGCCGUGGCUCCCCCGUGGCUCUUCUCUGUCUGGAGAGAGACAGAGAAUGGCCUGUACCUAGACUGCUGGGAUCGGGUUAAUUUGUUUUGUGGUUUAGUUUUUUAAUUCUAUUUUGAUAAUUAUUUUUUUUUCCUGCUGUGGGUGGUGGCGGCAAACGGGUGAAUGAGUAUUUAAUAAAAGUUGCAAGUUUC